AUGUCCCCAGCGCAUCGAAUCAUCGCCCAGAUCGUCCUAACCGGAGGGCGUGUCUUUGGCAGAGCGUUCGCUGAGGCAUACAAACAAGCUCAAGCAUCGACACAAUAUGCAAGGGCUGCUGCGAAAAGCGACCCAGGCGCGGCCAACACCGCCGCCGCUUCUGGGAUGACCCUCGACGAAGCCUGCAAGAUUCUCAACGUGAAGCCUCCUCAAGGCGGCGCCACCAACAUGGAACAGGUCAUGGAGAGGUUCAAAAAGCUGUACGAUCUCAACGAGCCUAAGAAAGGCGGGGGUGGAUCCUUCUACCUCCAAAGCAAGAUUCUUCGUGCCAGAGAACGGAUAGAGAUGGAAGCCCGUGCCGCCGAGCACAAGGCUCGGUUAGAAAAAGAAAUCAAAGAAGGUUGGAGACCCAAGAUCUAUAAAGACUGA